AUCAAUGCAAGCUCCCGAAAAUAUUGAAAUUCCCUUUCCCAUCGUGGUGGAACGGCAUUCAGAUGUUCUACGUAAUAAUGCUUUGCCAUUUCGCAUUCUCAUGGGAUUGAGGAUUUUGGGUUUCUUCAUCUCACCAAUCGCUGCCGCUUAUGCAUUCCUAUCUUUGUUACCAUUCCAAUUAUUCUCCGUACAAGUCUGGCGUUUAAUCACUUGCAACUUUGUUGGACGGAAUGUUAUAUUGUUUGCAUGGUCAAUAUGGAGCUUGCACUUUGGAACUAACCUAAUUCGUCAAAAUAACAGCAAUGAAAGUGUGUUGAAAACCUACGCUAUCACUCAACUUUUGACGACGGUGCUAGUUUGCGGGGCUGCUUACGGUGUUUAUGCCAUAAGUUCCAAGACUACACUUCUAUAUGAAAAUUAUGUGGUUGAUAUGGUUCCGAUAAACUGCGCUGUUCUUGUGCUUAUAAAGCAGUUUCUACCCGAUUCAAUUCUUCUCGAAACGCCGCUUGGUAGAAUCAAAUAUACUCAUGUGCCCUUUCUAGCAGUUCUUUCUGUGUCGAUUUUAUCGGCAGCAGGAGUGAUGAGUUCGGUUGUUGUGCUGCAGUGCGUUCUCGCAGUACAAAUUUCAUGGACAUAUUUACGAUUUUUCAAUCCGCAUGAGACAGAUUCAAUCUAUGGCGACAGUAGCGAUCACUUUGUCUGGGCAAGUCUGUUCCCUAGAAUCAUUCGACCCUUCUGCACUAUCCUAGGAAGGAUUUGCUUCAGAAGCCUUGUGAAAUUAGGGGUGUGCAAGAGAUCGGUUCGUCACGUUGAUCUCAAUUCUCUACAGAGUGUCGGCAUAAGCUUGCGUAGCCUAGACAGCACCGCGAGAGAUGCCGAGCGAAGAAGGCAAAAAGCUCUCCGAGAUUUGAAUGAACGUCUUCACAAAACGAAGAAAAUGGAAACCAUAGCAUGGGAGGAAGAUGUCGAGGACGAGAGGGACGUAACUGCAGAUACUGAGGGCAACCAAAAUGCUGCACAGCUCCACGCGGACACAGACAAACAGGCUCCAGAAACGGACGUAAUGACGUCGACACAACCGACCGAAAGCGAGGAAUCGCACAAAUAGUCUUCAUAAGUACAUCUAUUCAUUGUGUAACGUAAGCGAUCUCUGUGAUAUAGUUGGGUUCGGGAUACAUUUAACGCUUUUUGAUUCGCUUUCCUCUAUCUGCUAUCACCCCCAACUCAAUAUGUGCAACGAUACAUUGCCAAAAUGUCUUCCAAACUUAUGACUCCUGCUUGUUUAUUUCCCUUUUUUAUAUAAGGGACUGUGCUUGUUCAGCAAUUUGAUCGUGACCGUUGUUACCAUAGUGAAGAGUGUUAUAUGGGUAAUUGAGGUAGACUUUUCUAACAAUUUCUGUUGUCAUAGUUCGUGUUGCUUUCCAAAUUAUAAUGCAAAUAUUAUCAAAUAAAGAAUAUAGAUGAG